AUGAAUAAAAAAUAUUCAAGAAAAAUUGCUUGUCUUAUUGAUUGUAUUGAUGGUAUAGAUAUUAGUACUUUGUUUCCUGGGUUUUGUGAUAAUUUUCCAUUAAAUUGUGAUAUUUAUUUUUUUUAUCAUACUAAUCAAUCAAAACUAAAUCGUUAUUUGAAACAAUUAACAUCGAAUAAUCAUGGUAUUUAUUUGAUUCCAAUAUCAGAAGAUAGUAUUGCUAUUAAUUUUUCAUUUAAACUUGGUCAAAUCAAUGAUAAAUAUAAUGAUUUUAUUCUUGUUUCGAACUAUAAUCCAAUUUAUGAAGAUAUUUGUAAAAGAUUACUUGAAACAAAUAUACAAUUAAAAAAUCAUAUUCAAUUUCGUUGUUUUAAUCAUUUAAAUGAAUUUAUACAAUUUUUAAAUGAAUUGACUAAUUUACAAAAUGAAAAUAAAGAAGAAAAUCAAACUAAACCUAUUAUUAUUAAUUAUUCGAAAGAAACACUUUUUCAUUCUUGUCCAUUUGAAACAAAACAACAAUCAUCAUAUUUAUAUCGUUUUGGUCAAUUACUUCAUCAUCUUGAUACUGAACAUUCGAAUAUUCAUUAUGAAUAUUGUACAGAAUGUGAAGUAAUGAUUAAAAAUAGCAAUUCAUUAGAUAAAAAUAUAUUUGAAAAACAUUUAAAAAAUGAACAUUGGAAAGAAAAUAAAGGAUUUCAAUUAUUUAUAUGGCCAUUACAAUAA